UCAGCACCAAUGACUCGAUCUUCAUUUCGGACGUAUAGGAACCAACUUCAUCUCCCUCAUCUUAUACCCAUUUCUCUCCCCUAUAAGCCCAUUGUCAAUACACCAUUUGCAUAUGCAUCAAGAUGGGAAAGGCAGUCCUGUGUACUACUCUCCUCCUUGCUCUUUUCACAUGUUGUUGUGCUCAAGAUCCUGGGAUUUAUAAUCUUACUUAUCCACCAGAAGUUGAUGCACUGAGAGCUAUUCGACGUAAACUCCACGAUACGAAGAGAUUUCUCAGAAACUGGGGAAGAGGUGAUCCUUGUAAUCGGAACUGGACCGGAGUAAUCUGCACCAUGCCUCUAUCAGAUGGUUAUAUGCAUGUUCAAGAAUUGCGGAUGCUAAAUUUGAAUCUUUCUGGACACCUUGCUCCUGAACUUGGCCAGCUAACCAAUAUGACUCACCUGAAUUUCAUGUGGAAUAACAAUAUUACAGGCAAUAUACCAAAGGAGAUAAGCAACAUAAAAUCAUUGAAAUUCCUGCUUUUAAGUGGGAAUCAGCUAUCGGGACCGUUAGCGGACGAGCUCGGUGAUCUUCCAAACUUACUGACGUUUCAGGUGGAUUGGAAUCAGAUAACAGGGUCACUGCCCAAAUCUUUUGUCAACCUUGUCAAAUGCAGGCACUUUCACAUGAACAACAACUCCAUUAGUGGGCAGAUUCCAUCAGAGCUCAGCAGCCUACCUGAACUCAUACACUUUCUGUUGGACAAUAAUAACUUAACGGGGUAUCUACCACCAGAGUAUUCACAGAUGCCAAAAUUGAGAAUACUCCAACUUGAUAAUAACAAUUUUGGUGGAACAGAGAUUCCUGCUUCCUACAGCAACAUGUCCAACCUAGUGAAAUUGAGUCUCAGGAACUGCAGCUUGCAAGGACCUAUUCCUGAUUUCAGCAACAUUACAUCGUUUCGCUAUCUUGAUCUGAGCCUCAACAGCCUUACCGGAGAGAUCCCAACAAACAGGCUUUCAAAUAACGCCACGACAAUUGAUCUAUCCCAUAAUUCUCUCAAUGGAUCGAUCCCUUCGAACUUUUCUGGCCUUCCUCGUCUUCAGAGAUUGUCACUUGAAAGCAAUUUCUUAACUGGAGAUGUUCCCUCCGAUAUUUGGCAAAACGAAAACUCUACUUUCUCUACAAGACUUAUUAUAGAUUUCCAGAACAACUGGCUUUCGAAUAUUUCGGGAAGUUUAAAUCCUCCUUCCAAUGUUACUCUCAGGCUUGGAGGCAAUCCUGUUUGUGCCUCGGCAAAUCAACUAAACAUAGUCCAAUUUUGCGGAACUACAAGCGGAGAUGCCGAUUUUUUACCUGGAACUGAAACUGCAAUCUCAAGUAACUCUAGUGACACCUGCAGACAUCAAUCUUGCCCUCUCAGUGAAGGUUAUGAAUAUGUCCCAGAUCUUCCUGGUUGCUUCUGUGCUGCACCCCUCGGAGUCGGGUUACGUUUACGAAGUCCUCCCUUUACGGAUUUUCGUCCAUAUAUUGGACCAUACAAGCAAUACGUUACAUCCAGCCUCGGAUUGGAACUUUAUCAACUAUAUAUUGAUUUGUUUGUAUGGCAGCUGGGUCCAAGGCUUCGCCUGUAUUUAAAUUUUUUCCCUCAGAAUAGCAGCAGUGACACAUAUACGUUCAACAAAACUGAGAUAGAUCGUAUCAGAAGCCUAAUUGCGACAUUUUCAAUCCCUUCCAAUGACACCUUUGGUCCAUAUGAGGUGAUCGAUUUUACACUCGGCGGACCUUAUAAAGAAUAUGAUAACCAGCUCCUGAAAUCAGGAGGAAUAAGUAAAGGUGCCCUAGCUGGAAUAAUACUAGGGGCCAUAUCCUUUGUAGUUGCAGUAUCUUUGGCAAUUACCCUCUUCUUCUACAAAAGGGGAACCAAAUCCGGGUAUGAUAUGUCGAAAAAACAAUCAUCUGGAAAAGUUACCAUCCCAACUGAAGGUGUUAAGGAAUUCAGCUUUUUAGAACUUGAAGCAGCCACAGGUGGAUUCAAGGAUACCGCCCAAGUCGGUCAAGGCGGCUAUGGAAAGGUAUACAAAGGCAUUCUGGCUAAUGGAACAGUAGUUGCCAUUAAGCGUGCCCAACAAGGAUCUUUGCAGGGUCAGCCAGAGUUCAUAACUGAAAUACAGCUGAUGUCACGAUUACAUCACCGGAACCUGGUCUCUUUGAUCGGAUACUGUAUUGAACAAGACGAGCAGAUGUUGGUGUAUGAGUUCAUGCCCAACGGUUCUCUCCAUGAUCUUCUGUCCGAUAGAUACAGGCAUACGUUGAGUUUCCCCAUGCGAUUGCGUAUCGCGUUGGGUUCAGCCAAAGGGAUCCUCUACCUUCAUAACGAAGCGGACCCGCCAAUCAUUCAUAGGGACAUCAAGGCAAACAACAUAUUGAUGGACUUCAAGUUUACUCCUAAAGUUUCAGAUUUCGGAAUCUCAAGGCUUGCACCGCUACCAGAAGCCGAAGGAGCUUCGGCUCAUGUCUCCACGCUCGUAAAAGGAACACCAGGUUAUCUGGAUCCAGAAUAUUUCUUGACUCACAAGUUAACCGAUAAAAGUGACGUCUAUAGCCUCGGGAUAGUGUUUCUGGAACUUUUGACUGGCAUGCUGCCAAUCUCUCAUGGUCGAAACAUCGUAAGGGAGGUUUAUGGAGCAUGUCAAUCUGGGUUGAUGUUGUCCAUCAUUGACCAGAGCAUGGGAGCAUACUCAUCCGAAUGCAUCAAGAAAUUUAUGGCACUCGCCCUCAAGUGUUGCCUGGAUGAUCCCAAGCAACGACCCACGAUGUUGGAAGUUGUGAGGGAGUUGGAGAACUUAUGUUUGCAGUUCCCGGAGACCGAUAUGAUGCCAACAGGUUCGGAAUCAGAUGCAUCGAAUUCGAAUAUGUCCCGAUCAUCGCCUCUUUUCUCCGGAAGGAAUUCGCAACCCACCACUGAGAUCCUUGGAAGUGAACUGGUGAGCGGAGUUAUCCCCACCAUCAAGCCUCGCUAAGCAAUCACCUCUACUUUUGUUAUCGUGUGAUCAUGUUGAACAAUUUGUUGAAUACUAGGAAAGAGAUUAAUGGGGGGUAGUUGUAUAAUUAGUUUGCUGUGUUUAUGGCUUUGUUUGUUUCCAUUUGGACAUGAUGAUCGGUAAUGAAGGACAUAU